CUAAAGACAACCAACUCCAGAAUGUAACCUCCACUUCAACUAUGCAAAGUGUCACGUCUUUAAACAAAGGUCAUAGGGCGCCUGAUACCUUGCUAACCUGCAAUAACCAAUUAAUCAUGGCGCAUCAAUUUUUAAAAUACGAGAAAUUACAUGCACCGUUUUACAGGCACGCACGCGCAUUUUUGAGAUGCUGUCUCUCGCUCUGGAGUGUGCUGCACAAGUCGUCCUCACUGGAAACUAAAUAAAUAGCACUAACUGCCGCCACCAUUGUCCAAGCCUCCAGAGGUGCACUUGUCCUAAACACGAGCGGGACGAUGUACUUGCGUCGUGUCAACACAAUCGACAACUUAUUGCAGCGUCAGAACUCCAGCCUACAGCCUAGAAGUUAAAUUUUCGACAGCUACUUUUUACAUUCUUAUACCAAAAUGACAGCGACGCCUAAACCUUCGCUCUCCGUUCGGAAAUAUAUCAAAUGGGGCGAGACAUUCCCCACGGAAAACACAUCAACCAAAGUCUUGACGUCGCCGGCGCCUCACAACUCCUUCGUUGACGUGCGCCUGCUGCUGGUGCCGCUCUCCCAGGGGCCGCUGCCAAUCCAGGACCUGGACAAGGUCGACUGGGCAUUUGCGGGCCACACGCUGCAUCGGCCCGCGGACGGCGGGUCGCCGCCCCAUGAUGUCUUCAAGCACUGGGUGGACUCGCGACAUGCAGACGCCGAGGCCGUCAAGGACGAGGGCGACUUCUUUCCGGGGCCCGCGAGUGGCGAGAGUCUGGAGAGAGGUGAGAUGAUCAAUCCGAGCACAGGGCAGAUGGAGAAGUAUGAGGAAUGCUGGAUCGAUGGUUUGGCCGAGGCAGGAGGACGGACUGGGUGGGUGUUGAAGUGGGAGGGCAAGGUGGAUGGUGGAGCAGGCGGGAGGGGACUGAUGGUCAAGAUUGGAAAUGUGGUCCAGGGAGUGCUGAGAGUAGGCGAGGAUGUUGCAGUUGGGCGAUGGGAGACUGAUGCGGAGGGCAACACGAAGGCACUUGCCGAAGUCGGCAGUAUCAAGAGGUUUUACCUGGGAGCAUGGGGCGACCUAAAGCAAGGAGAGAAUGUUGAGGCUGAAGAUGGGCAAACGUGGUCCUGCGUUGAGUCUUGGUAGAUGUUCGGGCAGCCGGAUUUGACCUUGAAAUGUUUAAAGGAUGCUUUGUCGCCGUUCUGUAGAUGUUUGCUCUAUGUUCAGCAGUCGACCAACCGUGGUAUGGUAUAUACAAUAGGCGAGCUGCCAAAUUCCUUGGUCGCGUAAUUGAGAUCCUCACUGACAGCAGUAAUAACGCAUGGUGGAAGAGUGCGCUAUCAGAAUUUCUUUUCUCUGCAAAAUGUCCUCCCUUCACAUAUUCAGGUUCCAAGAACAUUUUGUUCAUUCAAUUGGCGGCGUACAUGGAAAGUCGCUCUCUUCAAGCUAUUCCGAAUUCCGUGGAGCUGGCGAAGGCAGUGGGGAAGAUACAGCGGUCUUCAGUGAGCAUCGACAAGGAAAACCUCUGAUUGGAUCUUUAGUCCUGAG